CUUGUCUCACGGCCGCCGCCCGCCUCACCCGGCUAAAAGACAUGAGCCAGCAAGAGUACGACUACGUGUUCAAGCUCGUGCUCAUCGGCGACUCGGGUGUCGGAAAGUCUUGCCUGCUGCUGCGCUUCGCUGACGACACGUACACCGAGUCGCACAUCAGCACCAUCGGCGUGGAUUUCAAAAUCCGCACGAUCCAGCUCGAGGGCAAGACCAUCAAGCUGCAGAUUUGGGACACGGCGGGGCAGGAGCGCUUCCGCACGAUCACGAGCAGCUACUACCGCGGCGCGCACGGCAUCAUCGUGGUGUACGACACCACCGAUGCCGAGACCUUCGAGCACGUCAAGACGUGGCUGCACGAGAUCGACAGGUAUGCGUCGGAGAACGUCAACAAGCUCCUCGUUGGCAACAAGUCCGACCUGACAUCGAAGCGCAGCGUCGAGACGGAGGCGGCAAAGGAGUUUGCGCAAUCUGUCAACAUCCCCUUCCUCGAGACGUCCGCCAAGAAUGCAAGCAACGUCGAGGACGCCUUCAUGUGCAUGGCGACCGAGAUUAAGAAGCGCAUGGCCUCGGCACCAUCCAACGAGCCGUCGCGGAAAAUCAACAUGAAGGCUGGCGAGACCGUGAAGUCGGGCGGGGGCUGCUGCUAGAGGCGCGCGGGGAGGGGCGGCCGGCACCGCGGCGGCAGGCGGCCCCAGCGAGGCUUGCUGCGCGAGCCGCCGCUGCGGCCCGCAGGGGCGUGGGCCCCUACGUAGGCUCCUAGCCGCGUCUUACGUUAUGUGUCAAUCCGUGCUUCGAGGUGCAGUGGGAGGGUUGUGAUUGCGCUGCGGCGGCGCGGGCGAACAGGCAGCCACCGGCCGGGGCUGCUCCUCCUUGUACGCCAUGUGUGGAAGGGUCGGGGAGUGGCGGCGGGGCGCCGCCGCUCUGCGCGCGCGCGCGUCCCGCAGGCUCUCGCUCUUUCCUCCUCCCCCUCCUUGGGGGAGAGCCCCAUCCGGCGCUCCCGGCGCGCGCGCGUUUUCGAGCGCCGUUUUCGAGUUGAGAGCCGCCUAUGUGUUUCCAGCCGCCGCGCUAUCGAUCUUUUUUGUAAUGUUAACUCCUACGCACAAAGUGGUCG